CCUCGCCUGCGGCAGUACGCGAGGGUGGUUGCUUUUGAGUCUACUAAAAAACCUCGCCCGCAAUGCUGAAGGAUUCGAAACGUGGUUGACACGAGAUGAUUGGUUCGCGGAGCUUCUACCUGAACCUCAGAACGUGUGACUUUUGAAUCGACUCAAAAGCCACCUCGAGGAUUCGGACUCGGAGGGUGGCUUUGAGGCGCCUCAAAAGUCGGAGGGGUGUUAACAAGGGGAUUGGUUCGCGGAGCUCUCGACCGGAAGCUCAAAACUUCUGACUGGGGCUACUUCGCGGCAAUGGCGGCGUCAUUAUCAUCACGCGGCGACCCAUCAUCGCGCGGCGACCUAUCAUCGCGCGGCGGCGUUUCUAGCUCGCGAUCCAAGUCGCUCGGGCGACUUAAUCAAACAGCGGCGGCGUGGAUGGCGGGGCGGAGUGGGCCGGCUACUGUCCUCCUCCUCCUCCUGCUGACCGCCGCUUGUGCGGCAGUCGUACUCGUUAUAGUCUUCCUCCUUUUCGCGGAUGUGCUCCUGAUCGGCCUCUUCGGCCGCUCCUCACUCGAUGCAGCCGCCACUGGAGGCUCUUCCUCCCUGUCCACGUCAGCAUCCUCCCUGUCCACGUCAGCAUCCCCAUCAUCAAUCAGCUCAUCCGCCUCAUCCGAUUUGCUGCAGCAGGAGGAGAAGGGACAGCAACAAUUACAGCAGCAGCAGCAGCAGCCGGGGCAGCAGCUACAGCAGCAGGGGCAGCAGCUGCAGCAGCAGCAGGAAAGGAACGAGAAGCUUCUUCCGUUGACCCUCGUCUUGCUUGGCACCAACGUUUCAGCAAAUCGCGGACCUGACGCCGUACCCCCUGCUAACGCAGCUGGUGCUGCUGGUGCUGCUGGUGUCGGAGGUGGUGGUGGUGGUGGUGGUGGUGGUGGUGGUGGUGGUGGUGGUGCUGCUGCUGCUGCUGCUGCUGCUACCAGUGCUGCUGGUGAGGGUGCUGCGACUGCUACUGUUGCUACUGUUGCUACUACAGCUGCUACAGCUGCUACAGAUGCUACAGAUGCUACAGCCAAACCUUUCUCCCGGCCAGGUCUCAACUACCCCGGUCUCAUUCCAGUGGUCCAGUUUAUGCGGGUGAGGGCAGGCUGUAACCGGGGGGGGUACGUGAAACCCGCCCUGCGGCAGGCACAGCUGCUGAACACGUGGCUGAUUCUCAUUGGCCCACGCAAGUGCGUGCCAGAGAUGGCCGUGCUGGGUGUACAGCUGGAACCGUACGAGGAUUAUGCGGGGGUAGAGAAGCAGUUUAUAACGGGGAUAGGGGAGCAGCCGGUGGCUUACCACGUGCGGUGGUUCUAUUUGUAUGAGAUGAUGGUUCGGAGGAACAUCUCGCGCGUGUUCUACACGGACUGCGACGUGCUGCUGUUCGCUAAUGUCACGCAGUUUGUACAGUCACACAUGCCGGACGCCAAGCUUGCACUGGCUGUGCGGUCUGACAGUGUGUGCAUGAGGGCGGUGGCCGGGCAUGUGUCGCUCUGGACUCAAGAGGCUCUCGCAGACUUCCUCUCCUUCUUCCGCCUCUUCUUUCAGCAAGCGGUGUUGGGAGGAACGCCAGGAGACCUCUUCCUCCCUUCCCUUCGAAUAUACAACGACAUGGUGUUGCUGGGGUGGUAUGCGAGCCACACAUGCUGGACCACCCCUCCCGACCAACUACCAGAGAUUUGCAAAGACAAGGAGAACUUAGCCCAGUACCUCCGCCUGCACGGCCACUUCACUCCGGCCUUCACUGCAGAGUCUCUCUGUGCUCCCAGGCAAUGCGAAGCCACCACUUGGAGCGACCCUGGGUGGUGCGCUUUUGACAACAACUUCUCGCUCACUGGCAGGAAGAAGUUUCAUUUCUGCCCAAAGCAAGGUAUGAAGACACCAACCUCGGUGCAGUACGAGCAUUUCGAAGAUUUCGUGGGCAGGGAGCAGAACAAGGGGGAGAGUGUACAGUUUCUGGCAGUACACUUCCAGGGUAGGAAGAAAGAGCAACUUAAGGAUGAAGACCCUUGUGAAACAUGGGGCUCUAGUAGGGACUAAAAAAUAUUAAUAAUUUCCUACUACAAGC